CACGACGGGGGCGGGCUGACGGCGCACUGCAAGGUGGAGGUGGAGGUGGAGGACGUGAACGACAACGCGCCCGCCAUCACGGUGCUGUCGGUGUCGAGCCCGGUGCCCGAGGACGCGCCGUCGGGCACGGUGGUGGCCGUGUUGAACGUGAAGGACCCGGACUCCGGGGAGAACGGUCAGGUGUGGUGCGAGCUGUCGGGCGAGGCGCCGCUGUCGAUCGUGGCGUCGGCGGGCGGCUCGUACAAGGUGGUGACGGCGAGCGCGCUGGACCGGGAGCAGGCGGCCGAGCACCGCGUGGGUGGUGGCUGGCGCUCGCUAUUGUCUCCUUGUUAUUCGUUUCGACAGUCGUUUUGA